ACUGCCGAGUGACCCGGCGUGGCUACUAGAAGGGAAGGAAGGUCUGGCUGGUGGGGAAAAUAUGUCGAGUUUCUCCAGGGCGCCGCAGCAAUGGGCCACUUUUGCUCGAAUGUGGUAUCUCCUUGAUGGGAAAAUGCAGCCCCCUGGCAAACUUGCUGCUGUGGCAUGCAUAAAACUUCAAGGAUUACAUAAACCUGUGUACCAUCCACGAAGUGACUGUGGAGAUCAUGUUGUCAUUGUGAACACAAGACACAUUGCAUUUUCUGGAAACAAGUGGGAACAAAAAGUAUACUCCUCACAUACUGGCUACCCAGGAGGAUUUAGACAAGUAACAGCUGCUUGCCUUCACCAAAGGGAUCCCGUGGCAAUUGUAAAACUAGCUAUUUAUGGCAUGUUGCCAAAAAACCUUCACAGAAGAACAAUGAUGCAAAGGUUGCAUCUUUUUCCAGAUGAGAAUAUUCCAGAAGAUAUUCUUAAGAACUUAGUAGAAGAGCUUCCUCAACCACGAAAAAUACCUAAACGUCUAGAUGAAUAUACACAAGAAGAAAUAGACGCUUUUCCAAGAGUGUGGUCCCCACCUGAAGAUUACCGGCUAUAAGAGAAUGAAAAUUGCAGAAAAUAGCAGGGAGGUGACUGAAACUUUCUUCUGCUGAGUGACUCUAAGCUACAGGGCAGAGUACAAGAACCGCUACAGCUCAGCACCUCGUACAGGUGCUGAAUAUUUGUGAGGAAAGGUCUGGAAGGAUAUUCCUUCAAUAAGAAAUUACAAUAAAAUAUACUAUUUAAUAGAAUUGUUUUAUUAUGUAAUCUUACUUGAGUGUUUUACAUGAUAAUAAGAAUAAAAUUGCUUACCUGGUUAACU